AUGAGCUUGAGAAGUCUCGAGACCUUGUUUGGGAGAGAAACCAUCUCUUACUCACCUUAAACAUUCCAAGAUGCAUCUUAUCAGCAAAAUUCUUUACGUCUGCGUCGCUUUACACGUCGCCUUCCAGGGCGCGUCCGGCGCGAUUCUCCGGGGACGAACCAGCGAUGCCGAUUCUAACCAGCUUUCAGCAAGUGAUUUCCAAACUCUGAGCCAGGCCGCGGAGGAUCUGAACAGUCAGCUGGAUAACUUCCUGCGAAACUGGAGCGGUGGCCACCGUAAACCCGAAACCGAGGAAACUACAACCAUCGUCAAGCGGCAGAACAGUGGCGUCUCGAUAUCUGCGCAAGACCUUCAAGAUCUCCUGAAGCUCAUCCAGUCCAUCGAGCGGCAGUUGGCAGCGAUCAUCUCUGGCAGCACCACGGCAAGCGGGACGGUGGCACCGGCUCCGUCAAACACUGUCAACAACCCUGGGCCACUUGCUUCGUCGCCAGCCCAGUCCGUUGUCCAACCCACGGCGACUGACAAUAGUCCGGCCAACCCAGGUGUAAGUUCUCCUACCCCCAACCCCGUUCUAACAAACACACGAAAUGGCGGGCCGCUCACCACGGCAUACGGGACGUCCGUCUCGACCGGGACGAGAUGCAUAACGACCAUCACUCAGACCUUUACCGAGUAUGUCAAUGAGGACGGAACGACAGCCGUGCCUGGGGCUCGCCGAUCAGUCGUCGACGACGUCGAGGUUGACGCCGAAGAGGACGAUGAGCCUUGGGUCACUGCCACCGUGCCUCGGGACAUUGAAGAAGACGAUGAGUGGGAGCCUUGGGUCCAAUUCGACGGGACAACCACCGAGGAAGACGAGUCCGAUGUGGGCUUCACGACGCGCGAUUCCUGGACGGAGCUUGGUGUUAAGCGUCGUGAUCCGCUAGACGAGACCAGUAGCCCUGGGCUCCUCUUUGUUCGCGACGAAGAGGGCAUUUGACGGCGUCGGAUGGCGUCGAAAGUACAUGACGAUUGAGAGACCGUCCACGGAUGACGAUGAGAAUGGGCAACGACACAUUAUGAUGGACGAAUUUUGGAUAAUGAUUUCCACGACUUAUUUACGACAUUCAUUUGGCAUGAGAAGCAUAGUAGCAUGAAAGCAUGACCAGCAUUUGGACGGAGAAGAAUGCGAGGAGAGAUAGAUAUGUACGCUGUUUUUCGGCAUCUCAACUACCAGAACGGCAACAGCUGGGAAAUUCUUGGACCGGGUUUUGUGUAUCGCACCUUCAACAGGCGGCGGGCACACUGGAUGAAAUUAUUAUGAAACGACUAGAUGGGCACACUCCUUUCAAUGCAACAGUGCGACUUUAAAUCCU